GCGUAAACGUCUGUGCAGCCGUUGUUACGUCGAUUCCCCCUGCGUCUUCUCGCCGCACGUUGGACAUGUCGACUCGAGAGGAGUGGAAUCGACGAUUACAAAGACAAUGUCACUUGAAUAACGAUUCAGUACCGCGGGCUGCGGAGUUUAUACACAGGUCCUCAAAACCCCGCUUUUACUUUGAAAAGUUGUGUCGCGGGAAGUACACCUUCUGUGUUUGUCUGUCUAUGCUGAUCUUCCUGACAGUGGCCUCCAUCUUGCUCUGGUAUUUUUUAUAUUACAAGUGUCCAUUUGGGAAGUCAUGUGGACGGGGUGGGAAGUGUCUGAGCACCAUCCAGUGGUGUGAUGGUGUACAAGAUUGUUCAAACGGAGCAGAUGAGUCCUACUGCUUUCGCCUGAAAGGAAUUGAUUUCCUGCUGCAAAGUUAUUUAGCAAACGACAACGUCUGGUUGCCUGUGUGUGCUGAGAACUGGAAUGACAACUACGGGAGUACUGUGUGUGAGCAGAUGGGCUACGACAGCGAGUUUUAUGUGAGCUCUACUCAAGUCAACUUUAGCAUCUCAGACCCAAAGGGAUACUUGAAGCUAAAGUCUGGAAGUAGCUAUAAAGCCCCGAUACAGACACAGCUCAUGCACAGCCCACAGUGUUCAGUCAGAGCUGUUAAACUUCACUGCAUUGAAUGUGGCAAGAGUUUAGCAAUUUCCAGCGGUCGCAUCGUGGGCGGCCGAGAGGCGGUGAAAGGAGCUUGGCCGUGGCAGGUCAGCCUCCAGGCUUUCUCCCAGCAUAUGUGCGGCGGCGUCAUCAUCAGCCAAAACUGGAUCUUGACUGCAGCCCACUGCUUCCAAUCACUUCAUGAUCCUAAAAUAUUCACGGUCACCUAUGGGGAUGUGAAGUUGUCAAGCAUGCCAUCUAAAAGGUCAGUUAAGAGCAUCAUUUGUCAUAACAACUUUGACCCUAGGACCAAUGCCUUCGACAUUGCCUUGGUAAAAGUCAGUAAGCCCAUCACUUUCAAAAAAAAAGCAGUGAGACCACUGUGUCUCCCCAAUGUUGAUAUUCAAAUAAAUAGGAGCAGUCAAGCCUGGAUCACUGGAUGGGGGCAAUUGUUUCUGCAUGGUCCAUCUCCUGAUACACUAAAUCAAGCUCCGGUUACCAUUUAUAAACCAGAGAUAUGCAAUAAUCGCUUCGUGUUGAACGGGUUGGUAACUGAGAGCAUGUUCUGCGCAGGCGUUCUGCGAGGCGGCGUCGAUACCUGCCAAGGUGACAGUGGAGGACCUCUGGUGGUUAACACAGGAGGUAUUUGGUGGCUGAUAGGAGUCACUAGCUGGGGCUUUGGAUGUGGUAUAAGGACCAAGCCAGGAACGUAUGCCAAUGUAUCCUUGGUUAGGGAGUGGAUUCACAAACAAAUGCAGGAUGAGUGACAAACAGAACACUGAGGUCCCUACCAAUGCACUUUGAGUCCAAAACAUUGAGUGAAUGUGAUCAGUGAGGGUUUUUUUUUUUUAAUCAGGUAUUGGGGGGGAGUUUAUUUCUCAAUGCAAGCAUUUAAUUUUUGCUUUUAAAAAAAAUUAGCUAUUUAUUUGCUCAGAUGUGUGAGAUUUCUCUGAAUGUGGAUUCCUGCCACUAUUAACAAACAGUUAACCUACUCAUUAAUCUGGAUGUGGCAUAAACAGACAUCCCAGCAUGCUACAAGGUGUGACUUUACAGAAGCUAAUCUAUUUCCUCAUUUACAAAUAGGGGGAUAGUUUGAGGGAAUGUUCAGGCUGAAAUUAUUUUAUUAUUUAACUGAAAAUGUACAUUUAAAUUUCACAAUGUCGUUUGUUUUUCAUGACUUUUAUCUAUCUCACUCAGGAUUCUGUGUAUUCUCACUGUUGCAAAGCUCCGUGUGAGGUGAUUUCUUUGUGAAACAACUGUAAAUGAUUCACCAAAUGUUUGUGGAACACCUGAGAAUAAAGCCUAUUUGAACAGAAAAACAGUGAAGUAAAAGAGU